AUGGGAGGAAGCUCAUUCUCGCAUGAUUCUGUUCUGACGACACAAAAGAAGAUCGGAAAUGGCCGAGUAGCAUUCUAUGCAUCGACCUGGCUGGUAUUAGUGAUUGGACUUUCUUUUAUCAAUAAGGGAGUAUUUAAAUGGACGGGUUUCAAGUAUCCCGUAUUGUUAUCAACGGUACAUAUGGUGGUGAAUUGGAUAUUGUCCGUGUUGGUAUGGAAGAGAAUUGGUAAUCAUUCGGAAGAGGAAAAAUCGAAAAGUAGUGGACGAUUAAUUAUGUAUUUUUCAUUGUUGUUUGUGUUGAAUAUUGCAUUUGGAAAUAUGAGCGUGAAAGCAGUGAAUUUAUUAUUGAGCCAAGUGUUUCGGUCUUCAAUGCCAAUAUUUAUUAUGAUAUCUUCGAUUAUUUUGAAAGUGGGAAAUAGACCAUCACUAAAUGUCAUUUUGACAGUUUUGCCAAUCAUUGUUGGAGUUUAUUUAACAUGUCAACAAGGAAGCAAUGCACAAACAGAAAAGAAAUCAGAUCAAGAAGACGUUAUUAAUUUGACGUCACUCCUGAUUCUCCUCACCGGCAAUAUCAUGUGUGCUCUCAAAACUACUCUAACCAACAAAUAUCUGAAUCAAUAUCAAUUACAUCCAAUUUAUUUAUUGAGCAAAUUAUCCAUGUGGAGUUCUUUUGGAAUGUUUGCAUUGGCAUGUGUGAUUGGAGAAGUGAGCGAUCUCUACAACAACAAUUGGAGCAUUCUUUAUAACUUGAAAACCAUUGCAUUUGUGCUGACAAGUGCAUUUGUUGCGUUUUUAUUGAACCUAUUUAAUUUCCUGGCUAACUCUUCAACUAGUCCUCUGACAAUGGGAAUUUUAGGCCUUCUCCAUCAAAUAAUGACUGUUUAUUUGAGUACCAUCGUUUUUGACACUCCACUUACCUCUACGAACAUUAUUGGAAUUUGUUUGGCAAUGAUUGGCAGUGCUCUCUAUACCUUUAUUCGAUAUUUUCCACCUGCCAUUGUAGUGAUAACGGCAGUGUGUUUAUUAUUUUGCAUAGUGUUGAGCUUGCUCACAGCACCAGAUGAUGUUUCCAAACAUUUACCUGCUCUCUCCGAAACAGGAAUUUAUCCUCCAACAAAGUAUAUAUUUACAGCAUGUUUGGUUCUUCCAUCAGUGUGUUUAUUGAUUGCUUCUUUUUUACAAUACUUUACAAUGAAAGAAAAAUUAUUAUCUAUUGAACAUCAACGUCACACGACUGUUUAUUGUGGAGGAUAUUUUAGAAUGAGCUGGUUGAGUGUAGCGUCAUGCAUAUUUUCUUUUAUUGCUGGUAUUUGUUUACUUGGAUUAGCAAUUGUUCCAAUUAAGAAGGGAGAAAUUCUUAACAUACUCAAAAGCAACACAACAUUGAGCUCGAAUUUUGAUGAUCUAUGGAGCUAUGAAAAUAGAGCAUCUGUAGUAGCUCUUCCUCAUCUGAUGGAUGUUUCAUUGAUAUCGCUGCCCAGUAGUAUUUCUCAAAAUGUUGAUUCGUCAGCAUCCGCAGCUGAUAUGAAUAUUGAUGCCAUCACUGUUGUUCACUUGAUUUUUACAUUUCUAUUUAUGACUACAGCUUUUAUUCAUAUGAUUUUGUCGACAACUUUGCAUGUGAUGUAUGACAAAAAAAUUGCUGCCAACAAGAGAAAACUUCAUCCAUGGAUUAUUGUGAAAAUUUGUUGCAUUGUGACCUUCCUUUUAAUGUGGCCAACGAGUUCCAUCAUUAUCGGAAUGUUUAUUUCAAUAUUUUGCGACAUGCCUCAAAUUCUCGCCGGAAAAUGUGGCCUCUAUCAAAUUGUUGAAUUGUUUUUAGGAGCAUUAAUUCAAUACGGCAUAGUUUCAUCUAUUCUUGUGUUCAUGCUCACUUACUUGCAUGAUCUCAAAGACACCACACUCUCUAUUGGUGUAAAUACUCCAAGCUCAGACAUUAACGCUCGGCUUAAAUGGGCUGUCACUCGAAAGAGAUUUUGA